AUGGUAUUAGGCAUGGCUGUUUCUGAAUAUGCCGUUUCUACGCUGAAACUUAUGGCGGUAGUCGUAAUUCUCUUCAAUUACAAAUCUUGGCCAUUGGUUUAUCAUAUCCGAAGCUAUUUUGCUUACAGAAAAGGGUUAGAGAGACUGCGCGAGAAGCAGAAGAAUUUGUUUUACAUUUCAGUACAGAAUCAUAGAUUAUGGCCUGAUGAUAUGGAUAUAAAUUUUCACAUGAACAACAGUUCAUAUAAUAAGCUCUUGGAUUACGCCCGCUAUGCCCAUGUGACUGGACAAUGGGGCACUCCAUUGAUCAAGAAGGAAUUAUUUAUACACAACGCAGGCAUUCAAACGUUCUUCAAGAAGGAGAUCCCACCAUUUGCAAAAUUCCUAGUCGAGACACGUCUUCUCACCUGGAAUGAAAAAUGGAUGUUUCUCAUUCAUCGCUUUGUUCUGGCAAAGACAAAAGUAACUUCGUGCAUUUGUACUUCUAAAUUGGUGUUCAAGCAACCGAAUGGAAAGACUGUCAAGCCAGAGGAUGUAUUCGAAUUGUGUGGAUACGUUUGUAAUAGUGAACAAGAACGGCAGUUGAGAGACAUGUUAAGAGAUAAUGGAAUGAAGUAUGCCGAAUCUAUACUUCAAAUGGAUGGGUUAUUCGAGGAGAGCGAAUUGUGGAACGAGAAUCAACUGACUACUUAG